GCGUCAUGGAUCGUCUGGGUGAGGAUGUAGGUGGUGUGCGAGGAAGCUACUGCAAAGGCGCCCUCAUGGUCGUGGUGUGCACCAGGCUGGCAAGACAGCAGAGUGAAUUGAUGCAAGGGCCAGUCAUCGUCAGGAUCGUUUCGCUAAUCUUGCUAAGUUUUCGCUAGUGGUCUGGAGAGUGGCAGGCUUUUAAGCGUGUAUACGCAGAGUAAGAGCUACCGCGCAUGUGCGGUUGGGGCUCUGAGAGAAAGCAGGCAGCGGAACGACGACGUUGCGAUCUGUCCAACCCGUACCGGAAUCAUAGACUCGAUGGCAUUUGUUGGUCAAUAUUUGCAUUUGGGUCAGCGUUUGGAGGUGGAAGGAUGUGUCGAGUUGGUAGCGCCUCGGCCGGUCUAGAUGCUCAGGCUGGCCAAGUUUCAAGUUGGCCACGGGUCACGGCAUAUGGAGGCGUUGCAGAUGGAUAUCAUGUCUUUUGGAUGCGCAUCUGAGAGAGCGGGUAGUGGCAGCUUGACGUGAUGUG